UAGUGUUUAUCAGGUGUGGGGCUUGGGCUAAGGUUCUUGUCUCACUGUACUCUAUGGCAAUUACUUGUAAUACGGGCGGGCUCCAGCAGCAGGGCGAGACGGACGUGGCCGUGGACUUGUACCUGGCCGUCCGGCUGCUCUUCACCGGCCUGGCCCUCAUCCUCACCUCCGUCUUUGUGAGGCUGCAGGGAGCCAAAGAGGUGUGGUCGUGGGAGCUGGUGGCAGCCGAAGCAGCCCGGGAGAGCAGCCCCGGGGACCAAGCAGCGGUGGGAGAGGGGCUGGAGCCUAGCAGGGAGCGGCUGCCGGUGGAGGAGGUCGGGGCUGCUGAGCAGUGGGAGGAGGCUGUGGAGAAGCAGAGCCCCGAUGCCGAGCCCAGCCCCGCGGCAGCCGAGAGCAUCCCCCAGCAGCCUCCCACCGAGCCCCACGAGCCCGAGCCCCAAGAGGAUGCGGAAAGCAAGAUACCACCUUCGGGAGCCUCAGUUGGGUCCAGCCUCGGGCACCUGGAACCAGUGGAGGAUGCAGGAGGCCAUGCAGCAUUUCGCAGCAAGGCAGAGGAAGAAGAUCUGGACUCAGGAAAAGAGAAGCUGGUGGUGGGAGAGCCGGCAAGCACAGCAGCUACACCAGCCCCAGUGACAAGUACAGCAGCAUCAACUGAGAGUUCUGAAGGUUUUGAAUGGCCUUUGAGUAACUUUGGGACCUGCCUACUGAUUGUAAUGGGGAUCAGCAUGUUGGCACACAUACAGACUGUGUUCUACCCACAACCAUUUUGUCUGAUCUCAAAAUUUAAGCAGAGUCGGGUUUGGGUCUUGUCUAGGGUUAGACUACAAUAUAGGAGGACCAGGAGAUUUUCCCCAUGGCUGGACAGUCAUGAGUGGCAGGGUGUGUGGGACAGUAUGAGCAAGUAUCUAGGCCAGUGGGCCCCUCCAGUGCUUUGGAAGCGUUGUUGCAGGGCUCAGUCAGUGUCUGCUCUUCUUCUUCUCAAAUUUGCAGAUGCUGCUAUAUAG